AUGACCCAGACAACAUCGGAUGAUGACCCCCUGUCUAUAUCAUCGUCUUCUGAUUUUUCUGAAUCUUAUGAAUUUCCUGCUAGUAUCAAGGCAGAAAACACAACAGACAUUCCCACCGACGAUACUUCUCCCCCGCUCGAGAAUGAUGACAGCACUAACUACGAUGCUACCGCAAGUCCAGCAAGAAAGCUUGCCGGGUAUUAUCCCGUUUAUAACACCGAUGAGAAGUCACUUUCUGAGCUCAGAUUUGACCUUUACGAUGAGAUCAUCUUUUUUGCGGCAACAACUACCGAUAACUUCACAAUUGGUACCGAUUAUUUUACACAGGCUGAGUGGGAUGCUAUGGCCUUUGACUUCGUCAAGAGCUGUAAAGAACACUCGGUCAUUCCCACGUAUGCUCUUGGAGGAUGGGGUGGCUCCAGAUACUUUUCAAGCCUUGUGGCAACCGCAGACAACCGGACCGCGUUUGCCGACGCAGUCAUCACCUUUGCCAAGAAAUACGGCUUUGAAGGAGUCGAUUUUGAUUGGGAAUACGCCGGCAUUCAGGGAAUCGGUUGCAACAUUAUCAGUGAUCAAGACGCUCAAAACCAACAAAUGCUUUUCAAGGAAGUGAAAAGUAGAUGGCCGGAAGGCAAGUUGUCUACCACACAAAGCAUUGCGGGCAUUAGGGAUCCCGAUUACCAGCAAUUACCUGCCUCCAACACAACUAUGAUGGUUGAAGCUAUUGAUAACUUGAGAAUCAUGGCGUACGAUGUCCAUGGUAGUUUCACCGCAACAACAGGACCUAACGCCCCAAUUAGAUCGCAAUGUGCUGAUCCUGAGAAUCAACUAUCCAUUGAGGGCGCUAUUGAAAUCUACAUUAAACAAGGUUUCAAGCCGGAGCAAAUCAGCUUAGGAAUCCCUGGCUACGCUAUAUCUUGGAGCUUGGCCAAACCUGAACUCGCACCCAGAAUUGUUGGUAACUACACGAGUUACUACUACCAGAACUUCACUGGUAUUCCGCGUGGAGGCAAAUUCGAUGAAAAACCUGGAUUAGAUUCCUGUGGUCAACCAACAGGGUACGGUGGGCAGUGGAAUGCCCACGAAUUAGUUGAAUCUGGUUUCCUGAGCGACGAUGAAGCCAGUGGAGGAAAUGGUUACACGAGAUAUCACGACGCUUGCUCAGGAGAGCCAUUCAUUGCUAGCAACACGACGUUGAUCAGCUACGAUGAUGCCGAAAGCACUGUAUCAAAAGUGAAGUUCGCCAACUCCAAGGGAUUAGGAGGUGUAUUUUUCUUUGACACGAUGGGUCCAAGGGACAGCACAGUCAAAGCAGCUAGAAAGGCAAUGCUCAAUUAG